UACUUUUAUAUGUGUAGUUAGGUACCUGACAGUUAUUCGCGAGCAGCAUUUAAGCUGAGGUAUGCAUUUUCGAUCCAUCGUCGAACGCUCGCGAGUUAAUUCGAAUUUAGUGAGUCGGUUAAGAAUAUCUAGGAUGGUACCUGUGAUCGUAUUAAUCGUUAUUCAAGCUAAAUUCUCCAAGUGAUAAGAAUGAUUUCGUUUGAUGAUCAUUUUUUGUUUCUAUUGCGAGUGUAGUGUACCUUUAUACGUAUAUAGCUUAAUUUUAUUAUUGUCACGCGAUGUUCGAUUAUUUCAAAGAUGUGACUGUUGAACCAUCGUUUUUCAUCUACCUCGUCGUGUAUGAGUGGAUCAAAGGCUUAGAUACGAAUUUAUUUCUUCAAAAAGCAUGCCGACCCAACUCAACAUCUCAGCCAGACCUAAAAAACACCCAAUGUGAUGACGAAAGAAGCGGAAUUCUAUUCGUGGCAGAAGUUAACCUCAAGUACCAACCUGUUGUCCUUUUCAUAGGUCUACUUAUCGUAAUAUUUGCCUCAUACUGGAGCGAUGAAGCAGGUCGAAGGAGAAGACCCCUGAUUUAUAUUUCCAUCUUGGUACAAUUACUUCACGCAUUAUCUGGUUGUUUGAAUUCAUAUUUUUGGCAAUGGAAACCAAUCAUAGCAGUAUUAUUAUGGGCGGUAUUUGAAAGCUUGUGUACAGGAAUGAGUAUGAUGCUGGUAGGUUGUCAAUUGUAUAUAUGCGAUAUAUCUGAUAUACAAAGUCGCACUAUGCGACUUGGAAUUAUUGGAACGAUUAGAUUAGCUGCUCUGGUAGUAGGCAAAGGCGGAGCUGGAUUCAUGCUUCGUAAUUUUGGGUUUCUUAAUUCUUAUUCGUUGUGCUUCAUUUGCUCGAUGAGUGGAUUAAUAUGCGCUUUGAUCUUCAUCAAAGAUAAUUCAGUUUCCGUUGACAAGAAAAAUACUUCUUACCUUGUUUUCAAUUUGAAGCGCAUGAUAUUUGACAGUUUUAAAGUUGUAUUCAAUCGCAGUUUAGGACGUAAAAGAGUCACAGUCACGUUAUUGAUUAUUGCCAAUAUUACAGUCAUCCUUACAUUUUUUGGUGAGUUAUCCGUAUUGUAUCUAUAUUUGAGGCAUCGAUUCGGAUGGAAUGAACAGAAGUACAGUGAAUAUAUGAUAUUGAAACUUACUAUUUCAUCAUUCGGUAUUUUGUUUUGCUCAUUGGUGUUGAGCAAAUGGUUGAAAAUCCAUGAUGGAUUGAUUGGUAUCUUGGCCGGAUGUUUUGACACAAUAGCUAUUCUUGUUUUAAUGUUUGCUAAUCAAACCUGGCAACUUUACUUGGUUCCUGUGAUAGACUUAUUUCACGGUACAGCUAUGACAAUUGGAGUAUCGUUCAUGAGUAAAUAUUAUGAUGUUAAUGAAAUAGGCAGAUUGUAUGCUGUUAAUGGUGUAUUUGGGUUCAUAGUUCCUUUUACUUUUAUGGCUUAUAAUGGUAUUUUCGGACGAACAUUGGAUACUUAUCCCUCUGCAUUUUGUCUUUUUAGUGUUGUGCUGGAUAUAGGCAUAAUUUUAUGUUUUUGCGGCGCAUAUUACUCCAGUAAAAAAUUUGACGCAGAGAAAACAAAGAAGCGAGAAGUUUCAGAGGAAAAAUGUGGCGAAUCUUUGUUAUUGUAGAAGUAAAUUAUAUUGUUUUGAUGCUUGCACAUCUUACGUAAGGUAUCGAUCUGCAAAAAUGCUCUAUCCGCGCGUCCAUGAAUUUUGUGAAUAACGUAAAGAUUUUUUCCACAUAUUAAUAGCCAGAUUCACAUUUUCACACAAAUGAAUGAAUGACUGAAUAAAUUAGGUAGGUACCGACGUAUUAAGAAUAAUCUGUUUAUGCAUAAAUUGGAUUUCAGUCGAUAUAAUAAUUAAAAUACAUUUGUUUUCGUACUUUCUUUCAACCUACGCGUGGGUAUAGUGGGUACCUAUGCCUUCUGUUUAAUAUGUAGAAUAAGUGUGGAAUGUUGUCAAAUAAGGCAUUCUUGCUUAGCUUGGCUACCUAAAAUCGUACAAAUUGCCUUAUUCGCUUAGUACCCUUAUUAUUUAUUUUAAGUAUAGAAUUUUGAAUGUUUUUUUUUUUUGUUGAAAAUAAAAUACAUAUGUAUACAGAACAAACAAUAA